AUGGCUGGUCUUGGUCUUUCGAAGACCAUGAUCAUGUUUAAGCCUUUCUGCCCCUACUGCUUGUUCUCCUUUCCUAUUUAUUUCACUAGAUACAGAAAGAGGUUUGUGGUAACUGAUAUACUUGGCGAGUCAGACACAGAACAGAGAGGACAGGAAAGAAAGAGCCCAGGUGAUGCUUGGCAGAAGUUCACAGCUACUGCAGGCAUCCAGGUCGUGGGGGAUGACCUCACAGUGACCAACCCUAAGCGGAUCGCCAAAGCUGCAGGCGAGAAGUCCUGCAACUGCCUCCUGCUCAAAGUGAACCAGAUUGGCUCUGUGACCGAGUCUCUGCAGGCGUGUAAGCUGGCCCAGUCCAAUGGCUGGGGUGUCAUGGUGUCCCAUCGAUCUGGGGAGACUGAGGACACUUUCAUUGCCGACCUGGUGGUGGGGCUCUGCACUGGGCAGAUCAAGACUGGUGCCCCCUGCCGAUCUGAGCGCCUGGCCAAGUACAAUCAGAUCCUUAGAAUCGAGGAGGAGCUGGGCAGCAAAGCCAAGUUUGCCGGCAGGUCCUUCAGGAACCCCCUGGCCAAGUAAGGCAUGGACCUGAGAUCCCUGGAGCUACCAGAUCCUCUGUCUCCGAUGUCAUCCAGGCAGCUCAAGGCUGGCCCAGUGCUUGCCCCUCCCAUGUCACUGCUUCCUUAGACGUCCACCCCGACCACCCGGAGCCCUGCUGGAGCCCCCAGCUUUGUAAUCAUGUGAUCGGUCUGAAUCAUUGUUUCUGUCACCUGACUUUCCAGCUAGUGUCUGGAGCCCUCCGAACUCCAGCGUAAUCUCUGGGGUGCCCACACCAUCAAGACUCCCCAGUGGUUUACAUGCAAAAAUAAAAGCUGCAGAAGCCCAAAAAAAAAAAAAAAAA